ACGUAUUUACAUUUGUUGUCAUGCGCGUUUCUCAUGUAAACUGUUGUCACAAGUAGCUCAUGCUGCUCACUCAAGACACUUGAAUACUGCUUAUGUCCUCUAGCUAAUGCACUCCCAGGUUCACAGUUUUGUGCGAUUAUCUUUAUUUCCAUUAGCGCGUUCCUCAGCAUUGUGCAGCCGGUCGCGGAAAAUCCCACUUUACAGCUCCAUCUCUAACAGUGUUUACUCACAAUACAACAAUAUGCCUAAAAAGGACAAGACGAGCAAGAGCAACCCCAAACCACCGGAGACACCUCCCGGCCCGGUUACUAAAGUUAAAGAUGGGACAAUCACAAUAGCAAUACAUGCUAAACCCGGAGCCAAACAAAACGCAGUCACUGAUGUGUCUGAGGAGGCGGUGGGGGUCGCCAUUGCUGCGCCUCCGACAGACGGAGAGGCCAACGCCGAGCUGCUGCGAUACUUAACCAAAGUCCUGGAGCUGAAGAAGAGUCAAGUAUCGUUAGAUAAGGGCUCCAAAUCCAGAGAAAAGGUUAUCAGGGUGACUGCAGCCAUCAGCCAGGAAGAAAUCUUGAAGAAACUGAGGACAGAAGCUAGUGGUUGAUAGCCAAGUGGAUUGUUUGUUUCGAGACACAUUUGAUUUGAUUAUUUUCUACAUGUCACAGUUUCCAUCUUAAAACCGUGCAAUAUUAUAUUUACAUUUUGUCAAAUAAAAAGCAAUUUUAUUUCUUAA